AUGAACACCCGUGAGGCUGCUGUUGCAGCCCUCCUGCGACAAGGCUGGGCGCCAAAGUCGCAGGUGGCAGCAGGUGCAGCUUCGCCGACGUCUGUUCCAGCCGCACCAGUCGAACGGCAACAGUUGCAGCCUCACCCACAACCACCCAUCGACAUAUCUCUACCGGACGAUGAACUCACUUACUACUAUGCAACAAUUCCACAGACACCGGAACUGAUAGCCUGGCCCAUACCUGAGGAUUCCUUCGUGUCCGGCCUGGCAUGCGACUAUUCCCUCGUCGAUUGCUGGGACUCGACGUCCUUGGAGGACACCGCAGCUGUCCCGAUCGCCUCGCCUGACUCGUCCGCCCCGUCGUCCAGUCGCGAGUCUCCAGGAAGCCUUGUGCAGUCGACGUCAAGCGAGACGACGGUCGAGAAUGCGGAGUCAGCGGCGGCAAGGCACAACACUACGCCAAAGGAAGAGGAGGACAUUGUGGCUGACGACGUCGACGACAGCGACCUCUUCACGCCAGUGCCGCCGUUUGAAAUGCCCAGCUUUUCGAACACGCCCGCCCUCGCCACCCGGCCGACCAUCCCGCCGUCUUUACACGACUGGAUCAUUUGCAGCGAAGUCGGCCUGCAGUGUAUGCGACCGGCGCGGGGGCGCGUCAUUUCUUGUGUUGCCUGUGGCCAGGAUUGUGAGGACGGCGCGGGCACCGGUACCAUCGACACAGAGCACGUCUUUCGGUCUACCUUUUGGCGCAUGACCACCUGUCGCGCAUCCCACCGGCCGCCGGAGGCCAACCAUGUUCGAAGCGGCCUUUGCAAGCGCUGCGACAAGGACCAUGUCUUGCAGGUCAUCCGCGGCGAACACAAGUGCCGCCAUGCGGGCUGCCGCCGUGUUCUUCGGGUGCAUGUACUCGACGUCGAGGAUACCCUCUGGGACCACCCAGGCCUGUGGACAGCGUUCCACGCGCUGAUCCGGGCGCACAGCACAUACGAGUGCGAUAUCCACGCCGAUACCGUCGACAGCGACCCCCACACCGAGACCGACCUGACACCGGAGUGCGACCACGACCGCAACGUCUGUGGGCCGUGCCUCACCACGCUCUGCGAGGCGGCCAUCCAGAGCGACCGCCUUGGCGACUUGGUCUGUCCCGAGCCCGCGUGCCGCAAACCGCUCAACCGCAACUCCAUCCGCGACCUCGUGUCGGACGAAGCGCUGCGCCUGUACGACAAGAAGCUCGCCUUUAUCGUCAUGACCCGCAACCCCAACUUCCGCUGGUGCCGCUGCGGCCAUGGCCAGAUUCACGCCGGCGGCGAAGCGAAGCCCGAGUGGACCUGCGCGGCAUGUUCGGCCCGCCACUGUUUUGUGUGCCAAGACGCCGAUGUGGGCACCGUCUGCGAGCACCUCCGCCGCGUCGAUGACGAGCGCGCGCUGGAGCGCCUGCGCGACGAGCACGAGCGCAGCCGCUUUGCCUCGUACGACAUGCAACGGCAGCGGCAGCUGGCCGAACGAGCCGUUAGGACCCUGGCCCUUCAAGCCCACGAAAACAGCCGCGGCUCGCAGCUGGUCAUUGCCACCACGGCGAAGCGCUGCCCCCGCGUGGGCUGCCGCGUACCCAUCCAGCGGGAUGCAGGCUGCGGGCACAUGACGUGCCGGCGGUGCCUGACCGAGUUCUGCUGGGCGUGCAAGGUGAUUUGGAAGGCGCCGGCCCGGCCGGGUGCGCGCGGCUCCGUCUUUGGCAGCUACGGGAGGCGCGGCCAGGGCCCGAGCUCCACGGUACUGAUGCCGCUGCAUUUGCCGACGUGUCGCUUUGGCUCACAACGCACCAUUUCCCGUGACCGGAUCGACCUGUCGGAGUAUGCCACCGGCUGGGAUGUUGAUCUUGGGUACGACGAGGAGCUGGACAGCGGUCUGUGGUUUCAAGAGGAUCAGCAGUAG